AUGACGAGGUUUGCCAGAGCUCGAGGCUCUAAAUCAUCUAACCAAAAAAUACCGGAGGAAGCAACACCAUGGUUGGAAAUGAAAGAAAAGCCACAGCAAACCGGAGACGACGAGUCCACGACAAACGUGGUGGAAGUGUCGGAAGAGAAUCGCAGUAGCAAGCACGACUCGUAUUCGAACGUGGAUAAAUUUGACGGGUUCAGCGUGUUGAAAGAGGACGCGGUGAAACUGCGAGUGGAAAAAUUCAAGUUAAUUAAACAAGGUGUGCCUAGACAUCAGCUGAAGACACAAUUGAUGCCAAUGCGUCGACGUGCUGAGAAGAAACUCUCCAGGCUCAGACAAAAAGCAUGUUUUCAUUGCCGACAACCUGGUCAUAUGCUGAACCAAUGCCCGGAGUUGGGUACCAACACAGCAUUGGGAGUGUGCUUUAAGUGUGGAUCGACAGAACACAAAUUACACGAAUGUCGUAAUGCAGGAAACAGUGGUCAACUUGAUUUUGCCAAAUGUUUUAUAUGCAAUGAAGAAGGACAUCUUUCCCGUCAAUGUCCAGAUAACCCUAUGGGAUUAUAUCCAAAUGGAGGAGCUUGCCGAUCUUGUGGAGAUGUUACCCAUUUUGCCAAAGAUUGUCCAGAAAAACAAAAGAGAAAAAGAGAAGAAGAUGAUCUACCUACAGUUGGAAUAAUGGACAAUCGAGCAAUUGAAGAAUUAGAUGAUGAAAGAAGCCACAAAAAACACAAACAAUAUAAUUUAAAAACAUUUAACAAAAAAAAAAAAGUCAUAAUGAUGAAGUAA